CCGCAGUUGACAUCCCAUCUCCAAGUGUCCACGACCGCCGCCACCGCCGCUCUGCUUUCCGCCCGCAUGAACACAACCCUCUGCGAUGAGUCCGAGCUCUUGACCAUUGCAUGUGACCCUGAAGGCUUCCUUGUAUGUCUACUAUCUGUCAUCGGGCUCAUCGCCGUUGCCGGUAUGAUGGCCGGGCUCACCAUGGGCCUUCUCAGCUUGGAUCAACUCAACCUGCAAAUCCUGCAAACGUCCGGCACCGACGACGAGAAAGAUCAAGCUGAGAAGCUCUUGCCCAUCGUGAAGCAGCACCAUCUCCUCCUCGUGACGCUUCUUCUUUUCAACGCCGCGGCAAACGAAGCGCUUCCAGUGUUUCUGUCGCGCAUUGUGACCGAGGCGCAGGCCGUCCUGAUCUCCGUCACGUGUGUGCUCCUGUUUGGAGAAAUUAUUCCGUCCGCCAUCUUCACUGGCAAACAGCAGCUCGUCAUCGCUGCCGCGCUUGUUCCAUUUGUCCGCCUCCUCAUGUUCGUGGCGUUUCCGCUCGCAUGUCCCAUUGCCAAACUCCUCGAUCGAUGGCUCGGAGAAGACCACGACUUUUCCCGGUACAAGCGCAAAGAGCUGAAGGCCUUGGUCGCGUUACAUCAUAAACAGAGCCAAAAAUGGCUUCGAAAGACAACUCGCGACCUCACCAUCGCCACGUCGUCGCUGACGCCGAUGAUCGAAGAAUCGAAUGGGAAGCACAAAGCAUUGUAUGGCUCGCUGCACGUGACGGCCCCUCCGCUGCUGUCGACGACGCGCGGGUUUUCGUCGUCGGGGGAUCAAGAAGAAGACGAUGCGCUGCCUGUAGACUCGGACGCGACCAACGAAUCGACGUUGACUGCGCCACCGUCAGUGCCCAUGUACUCCCCUCCUCCUCACGAGUUUGGCACCGCGACUCCGUUGUACUCCAUGACAGGCAACUACCUCCAUAACGACGAGGUCGCCAUCAUCCACGGCGCGAUGGACAUGAGCACGAAAACCGUCCAGAUGAUCAUGACGCCUUACGACAAAGUGUUUAUGCUGGACGUCGAAGAACGGCUCAACGAUGCCGUGAUGGUGCGUAUCCUAGCGAGCGGGUACUCUCGCAUCCCCGUGUACAAGGGCCACCGGAAUAACGUGGUUGGUCUGUUGCUGGUGAAGCGGCUGAUCGUACUCAACCCGGCCGAGGAAAAGCCAUUGAAAGACUUGAUUCUGCGCCGCCCCAUCGUUAUUUCGCCCGACCAUUCGUGUUACUCGAUUCUAAAUCUGUUCCAAGAGGGCCGCAGUCACUUUGCGUUGGUGACGCCGCAGAAAGACCUUGUCACGGCGUGCUGGAAGGGCAAUGCCGACAUCGACCCGGCCGUCGUGGAUAUGCUCGGCAUCGUGACGAUUGAAGAUGUGCUGGAGGAACUCAUUAUGGAAGAGAUCGUGGAUGAAAGCGACUCGCCCCAUUCCGCGGACACGUAUAUGGACCACGUGCGCCAGCGGGGGCUCCAACGCGCCACGAUCAAGUUCAAAACUAUGCUCGCUCGUGUGCGAAGCCGCCACAAUGAGCAUGUCGAGAUCUCGAUUGGCGAGUCGUCGGAAGGAAGCGCCGUGUAAAUGGAGGACGACUGUUUGUGUAUCGACGAACGCCAGUCUACAGCACCGCCCCAAGUGCCAUGGCGUUCUCUAAGCGUAAUUUCAAGUGAUAAACCAAGCAGAAAUGUCUUGUUCGCGCC